AUGGCUGCGUCCUCAGCCGAUUCGAUCGUCAUUGUGGGCGCCGGCAUCAUUGGACUCGAUGUCGCCCUCGUCCUUUGCAAGCGUGGGUUGGGCCGCUGCAUAACCGUUGUUGCCGAAUACCUCCCGGGCGAUACUGCGCCAUCCUACACCUCGCCUUGGGCCGGCUGCAACUUCUCCGGCAUAUCGGGAGGCGACGCGAAUGCCCUCCGCUGGGAUGAACUGGGCUACGCUCACCUCACAAACCUGGCCACUCACCACGCCACCGAGUCGUUUGUGUCGUUGACGCAGUCCAUGGAGUAUUGGGACGCCAACCCGCCCCACGACAAGAUCAACUCCAUGUCGGAGUACCUCAAGGACUUCAAAAUCAUCCCGCGGCAACUACUACCCCAAGGCGUCGAGUACGGCAUAUGCUGCACGUCCGUCACCGUCAACGCCCCCAAGCACCUCGCCUAUCUGCACGGCCUCCUCAAGGACCACUACGGCGUGCGCUUCCUCCGCCAGAAGCUGCCCGGCAUCCAGGCAGCCUACGCCAGCCCCAGGACCAAGGUCGUCUUCAACUGCACCGGCAACGCGGCCAGGACGCUUCCCGGCGUCCAAGACGCAAAGUGCUUUCCUACCCGUGGCCAGGUCGUGCUCGCACGAGCCCCCCUAAUGCGCUGCAACGUGAUGCGCCACGGGCGAGACUACGAGACGUACGUUAUCCCGAGGCCGCAGUCCAAUGGCAACGUCAUCCUCGGCGGGUUCAUGCAAAAGGGCAACAGGCAAGUCUGCUCAACAGUGCACAGUGUGUCUCUAUUCGUGCUGAUGAUGAGUCAUUUCUUUCUCGGCGCGCGUAGCGAUCCGUCUACGUACGGCCACGAAGCAGACUCGAUCAUAAGCCGCACAAAGGACCUCUGCCCGCGCGAGCUGCGCGACGGGCCAUGCGAGAUGCUAGCUGCGUUUGCGGGCGCCAGACCGUCGCGCCAUGGCGGAGCAAGGGUCGAGCGUGAGCCCAUAUCCGUUGGAGGGUCUGACCGUGUCUUGGUGCACAACUAUGGCGCUGGCGGUAGCGGGUUCCAGGCUGGGUACGGCAUGGCGCUCGAUGCGGUUGCGUGCGUUGACGAUGUGGUCAAGGAGCUGGAGAGGGAGGUCGGCCGGGCCAAGAUGUAA